CUGAGCACCGAGCUGGCAGUUGGGUAGAAAUCAGAGUACAAACCAGCAGCGCGACCGAGAUGACCCACUUUUCGGUUUUCGCACUGAGACCCAACUGCUACCCACAGAAAGUGGACAACUAGGCGGAGUUUUUUCUAUAUUAUAUAGUAGCAGGCCAAACCGAUCGCGUUCAAUCGGUUAUUAUGUACAGCCUACGUAGCCUAGUGUAAAAUCUAUGCAUUUAUGUGAAUUUCCCAGCGCAAACGUGGAAGAGGAAAACAGGCGACCUGAAAAAGCAGCAGCAGCAGCGAGCAAGAAGCAGAAGCACAAGCAGCAAAAAAGUCGUCCGAGGGGCAGCCACAGCAUGCCGUACGAGUCGAUGCACCAUCAUCAGUCGGCGGCCGCUGCCGUGGCCGCUGGCACCGCCCCCAACGGAAUGCUGGACUCCCUCAGCCUGCAGCUGCGCGACGCGGAGAUGCGGCGCACGGAGAUCGAGCGGGCGCAUCAGGAAACCCUGGCACAAAUACGCAAUAUGAGCGGAAGCGCACGUCCCGAUGCCGAGGCGGUGGAGAAUCUGCAGUCGAGGGCCCGGGAACUGGAAAAGAAGGUUGCGCUGGAAAACGUGCGCUGCGAGGAGUUGCAAAUCGAACUGACCUCGGCUCUGAAGGCCAAACAGGCAUCCCGCUCGGUCUGCUCCGGAAUGGGCAGCAUGUCCUCCGGAGCCGGCGCCACCAUUCCUACAUCGGCCAGCAGCUCCACCGUCACUUGGGCACCGACAAUCAGCCACCAGGACCAAGGCUCCGAGAUCGAUAUCAUAAUGGCAAAGAUUGAGCAGGAUAAUCGCGUGCUGGCCGAGCUGGAGCAGCCUCGCACCUCGGCCAGCGCCAGCAUGUCAGCAUUGCCGCCCAGUUCCAUGAUGAGCACGGUAAAUAGCGAAUUUAGAACCAUAUCAAAGAGUGAACUCGAAGAAGAACUGAACCGUUACAAAAGGGCCGUUCUGGGCGGCGGGGGCGGAAGUGGGGGCGGCAUCUCGGCCCUCUCCUCCGGCUACUCGACUCCCCAGUCGCUGGCCUCCACGCUGCCCAAUGGAGGGGGCGGGGCCAGCACUAGCCUGAGCGGCACCAGCCUUGGCUCGCACAGCGUGGCCGCCGCUGCUGCCCUCGCCGCCUCCUCCUCGGCGGGAUCGGGGUGCAUAGGAGGAGGAGGAGGAGGAGGUGGGGUCGGGGGCGGCCUAUCAUCCAUAUCGGCCCUGGUGCCCAACUCAAUCAGCGGCAUAUCCUCGAGUCUGAGCAGCCAUGCCAUACAAUCCAUGCAGUACGGCACCGGACAGACGUCCGUGGAGAAGCUGCUGAGCGGAACUAGUGGAAUCACUGGCAUUCCACCUUUGCCGAGCACAACCAUGCCCCUCCUGUCACUCAACUCGCAUAACCUGCCUCCUGGUGGCUCCACCAGCUACUCGGGUCUGGGCGCCGGCGGCGGCUCCUCGCUGACGCAUCCCUCGAUGGCCAAUCUGGGCCUGCUGGACACCGGAGCCCUGCUGGGAGUGGGUGCCUCCGGCCUGGGAGGAUUGGGUGGAAUGGGACCCGGUGGCGGUGGCAUCACCGGAGCCACCUCACUAUACGGAUUGAGCGGCGGCGGUGGCGGAGGAGCCGGUGGCCUGGGCAGCUCCUAUGGUCCGCCCUUCCUGGACGUCGCCUCGAGCGCCUCGUAUCCAUUCACCGCCGCUGCCCUGCGACAGGCCUCCAAGAUGAAGAUGCUGGACGAGAUCGACAUUCCGCUGACGCGGUACAACCGCAGCUCGCCCUGCUCACCCAUCCCGCCCAGCAAUUGGGGACUGGACGAGUUCACCGACGGCCUCAGCGUCUCCAUGAUGCACAACCGCGGCGGCCUGGCACUGGGUGCUCUAGAUCUGGACACUCGCAAUCAUGGCCUGAAUGGAGCCAGCGAACCGCAGGUGGAUAUGCUCGAUAUUCCCGGAAAGGGACGCUGCUGCGUGUUCAUAGCCCGAUUUCCCUACGAUCCUCCAGAGGAGGCUGAGGGCGAGCUCUCCCUGUGCGCCGGCGACUAUCUGCUGGUGUGGACCAGCGGGGAGCCCCAAGGAGGCUACCUAGAUGCGGAGCUGCUGGACGGGCGACGUGGCCUUGUUCCGGCCUCCUUUGUGCAGCGUUUAGUGGGCGACGACCUCCUGGAGUUCCACCAGGCGGUGCUGUCCACACUGCGCGAUGCCGAAGAUGGGUCGAUGCAGUGCGACACCACAUCGCUGCCCUCCUUGCCGCCGCACAACCCAUUGCUCACACACACCCACGAGGAUCUGGCCCGCUUGAGUGAGACGCACACCGAUCUGGAGCACGACCAGGACGAUAUCAGCGACAAUGUUCCAGCACCCAAGCACUUGACGCUGGAACGGCAGCUGAACAAGAGCGUGCUCAUUGGCUGGUCGCCGCCGGAGCCAGUGGGCUACAACCUCAUCGACAGCUACCACGUCUACGUGGACGGCGUGCUCAAGGUCACCGUGAAGGCCAACGAACGCACACGCGCCUUGAUCGAGGGCGUUGACUCCACGCGGCCGCACCGAAUCAGCGUGCGGAGCGUAACCCAGAAUCGGCAGACCUCUAGGGAUGCCGCCUGCACGAUGAUCAUCGGGCGGGACACCGCCCACCUGGGCCCCUCGGCGGUGCGCGCCUCGCACAUAACCUGUUCCUCGGCGGUCAUCUCGUGGCUGCCGGCCAACUCGAACCACCAGCACGUGGUCUGUGUGAACAAUGUGGAGGUGCGCACCGUCAAGCCGGGCAUGUACAGGCACACGAUCACGGGCUUGGCGCCGAGCACCCAAUAUCGGGUGACCGUGCGGGCCAAGCACCUGCGGGCCGUGGGCCAACAUGCAACCAAUCCGAUGGGCCAGACAGGAGUCACCGGCAGGCCGGGUCAGGAGGAGGCGCCCGGAGCGUAUGCCGAUUUCCGCACCCUGACCAAGGGCCUGCCAGAUCCGCCGCAGGAGAUACAGCUGGAGGCCGGCCCGCAGGACGGUACCAUUCUGGUGACAUGGCAGCCGGUUAACAGGCCCACCUCGACGGGGCCUGUAACCGGCUAUGCUGUGUACGCCGAUGGUAAGAAGGUCACCGACAUCAACUCGCCCACCGGCGACCACGCCCUCAUCGACAUCGGCAAGCUGGGCGUCUUUAAUCCGCGCGCCGUCACUAUCCGCACCAAAUCUAGGGACUCCCAGUCGGCGGACAGUGCGCCCAUCUUGAUACCAAAUACCGUUCGCAAUGCCGUGGCCCGAAGGGUUCCGAACCAGAUGGGCAUGGGUCCGCAGUUGCCGCAGGGACCGCAUGGGAUGCCGGUGCAGCAGCAGAUGGGCGGGAUGCCCGGGCAGCCGGGUCCAGGUCAGCACAUGAUGGGACAACAGGAUCACGGGCAGUACGAUCCCAACCAGAUGCAGCAGCAGCAGGGCAUGCAGCCGCAGCCGGGUCAGCCGGGUCACCAGCCCGACGCAGGCUCCGGAUUGUUAGGUGGCCUGCUCGGUGGCCUCUUCUCGAAACCCACACAGAAUCAAGUGAACCAGAAUGGCUAUCAACCAGGUGCUCCAGGAACGCAAAGGGGCAUGGUCCCGAUCCCGGGAAGAGCCCAGGGACCCCAGCAGCAACAGCAGCAGCAGCAACCCUAUGGACCUCAGGGUCCCAUGGGUGGGCCACGCUUUCGAGGACCAGUUCCUGGCCAGUUGAAUAUGCAGGGCCAGCAGAUGCAAGGUCAAAUGCAGGGGCAGAUGCCGGGUCAAAUGCCUGCAAUGCCUGGUCAGAUGCCAGCAAUGCCAGGUCAAAUGCCUGGUCAGAUGCCUGGACAAAUGCCUGCAAUGCCUGGACAAAUGCCUGGCCAGAUGAUGGGACCACGAGGACCACUGAACCAACAGCAACAACAGCAGCAGCAAAUGCAACAGGGUCAGAUGAUGCCCGCACAGCCAGGACAACCAGGACAGCCGGGACAAUCCGGUCAGCCGGGACAGCCUGGCCAAAUGCCCGGGGCCCAGAAGAAACCACGCUACUUUGUGGCCAUGUUCGACUACGACCCAUCCACGAUGAGUCCCAAUCCCGACGGCUGCGACGAAGAGCUGCCCUUCCAGGAGGGCGACACGAUCAAGGUAUUUGGUGAUAAGGAUGCGGAUGGCUUCUAUUGGGGCGAGCUGCGUGGUCGCAGGGGCUAUGUGCCGCACAACAUGGUCUCCGAGGUGGAGGACACCACUGCCUCCAUGACGGCCGGAGGUCAGAUGCCGGGUCAAAUGGGUCAGGGUCAGGCAGGCGGAGUGGGUGGAACCGCCCUGAUGCCCGGCCAGGGAGCUCCGCAGCAAAGUAUGAGGAACGUGAGCCGCGAUCGGUGGGGCGACAUCUAUGCCAACAUGCCGGUGAAACGGAUGAUCGCCCUCUACGACUACGAUCCCCAGGAGUUGAGUCCCAAUGUGGAUGCCGAGCAGGUGGAAUUGUGUUUCAAGACGGGCGAAAUCAUACUCGUUUACGGUGAUAUGGAUGAAGACGGUUUCUACAUGGGCGAGCUGGACGGCGUGAGGGGCCUGGUGCCGUCGAACUUCCUGGCGGGCCCCGACCAGUACAACAACCAGAUGGGGCCGGGCGGAGUGGCCGGCAGAGGCGGGCUGAGCCAGCGGGGCAGGGGUCAGGGGCCAGGAGCGAGGGGUCCGCCGCCCCCGCCACGCGACAACAUGAUGCCCGGAAUGGGCGGGCGCGCACAGCCGGGCAAAAAUGCUCGCCCUGCUUCCCCUACACUGUUAGACAACACGGGCCAUCCUGCCCCCGAUCACCAAACGCAGGGGAUGAUCGGUCGCGUUGGUAAUGUCGGCCUGCAGCAGCAGCAACAGCAACAGCAGCAGCAGCAGCAACUCCAACAGCAGCAGCAGCAAUAUGGUCAGCAACAGACGCAGAUGGGACAGCAGCAGCAGCAACAGCAACAGCAAAUGGGACAACCUGGAAUGAUGGGUCAGCAGCAGCAGCCGAUGGGUCAGAUGGGUCAAAUGGGUCAGCAGCAGAUGGGUCAACAGAUGGGUCAGCAACAGCAACAGCCGCCGGUGACGACACAGGCCCAAACGGGCGGCCUCUUCUCGGGCGCAACUAGCCUGCUCUCUGGUGCUACCUCGGCUGCCACCGGUGGUCUAUUUGGGUCGAAGCAACCGCCCAAGACGGAUCCAAUGCAACCACAAGGUGGUGUGCAGCCAGUGCAGCAACAAGCAAACGCCUUUGGUGGUGCCCAGCAGGGGGGUAUGCAGCAGCAGGGGAUGCAGCAGCAGGGGAUGCAACAGCAGGGGAUGCAACAGCAGGGGAUGCAACAGCAGGGGAUGCAACAGCAAGGCAUGCAACAGCAGGGCAUGCAGCAAGGGAUGCAACCAGGGAUGCAGCCAGGGAUGCAGCAGGGGAUGCAGCCCGGCAUGCAACAGCAGCAACAACAAGUGCCACCGCAAGCCCAGGCUCCCCCUCAAGGACCGGGCGCCGGUCUGCUCGGGGGUCUCAAGGGCAUCGCUGCGGCGGCGCCCGGCGGCGAUGUCCUAUCGAAAGGCAAAGAUCUCUUCGGAAAAUUCGGGUUCGGCUUUGGCAAAUAACCCCGGUCAUUCUAUAGGGUCCUGUUAUAUUAUUCGUAGAUUAGACUUAUUAUUACUAUUAUGAUUAUGAUUAUUGCUAUUGAUUACGAUUACUAAGCUAAUAUACAAAAACCAAAAGAAAAGAGAAAAAAAACGGAAAGACAGAAAAAAACACAGAUGAUACUAUAAUGACAGACAAACCAGAAAUGCUAACGUUAAAAGAACCCAUUUAUAACCCCGGUCCGCUGUGAGUUGUUGUUGUUGAUCUGAUAUGAUAUGACAUGACUAAUAGUACUAAUGGUAAUAUUUUUUAUUAAUUAAAUUGAUAGAAAUAUUAUGAGUGACCGACAAAAUCAGCAGCAACGGUCUCACAGCUCGACCAGAAAAACAAAGCCACAAGCCCAGAUAAAUUGUUGUAAAAUUAUUUAACAAAUUGCCUGCCGUUUAGGUGACUGCAACUCGAUAAAGAUAAAGAAAAUGAUUCCACUAACCCCACUAAAGGAUAAAGCUCUAUAAUACCAGAUUCACACACACACAUACAGACGCAAUACACACACACACACACAUAUAUUAUACAAAUACAAGAAUACAAAUACAAAAUACAAGUAAGGGAGGAGAAAUAUAUUAUAUACAUACAUUAUAUUUACAAUUAUUUGUUAACGCACAUUGUUAAAUUUGCUACUGUUGCUGACCAGUUUAUAAAUAAAAACCAAAAAGAAACGAGGAAGGGAAAGAUAAGAAAAGAAAGAGGAGAGAUGAUAAAGCAAACACAUAAGGUAAACUAAACCAAACAUAAACAUACAUAUAUUAUAUGUAUAUAUUUAAAAUAUAUUGAAAACUAAAUUGAGAUACACUAAAAUUACAUUUAUAAAUCAAAACACAACCGAAUGUUAAGCAAUGCGCUGAACAAGGAUACAUACAUUAAAGUAAAUAAAUAAAUCGAUAUGGUACAUAUUUACAUAUAUUCGCAUAUACUAAAUACGAUUUCGCAUUCAAGCCAACCUCCAAUCGGGCGCAUUUCCAAGACAAGGCGACCUUGACUUCCAGUCCAGCACAAGAAGAUAUAAUCCCAUCUAAUCCCCUUAACAACCCAGUGAUAAUCGCAGCCAAGUCCCAAGAAUCCCCAUUCCAAAAUCCCAAAUCCCAAUCCCUUCGACUGCUCGACUUAAAACUUCUAUUCUACGCCCCACUUUUUCAGUGUUUGAUGUCCAUAGAAGCCAUAUGCGAUAAAUAUCAGUGUAACUUAAAGCAAACCAAAGACCAAGAGAGAUCUACUCCUACAUACAUAUAAUGGGAUACCCAAAAUGGCAAAUACAAAAAAUAUAAUGUACUAAGCACAAGAUAAAAGAUCGUAGCAUUAGACCCAGGAGACAUGUUCACUAAAUUCAGCAAGGAGACUCUUUCACACCUUCUCUAGCAACUUAAGUCGCCCCUUGCUACUACUUCCUAUCGCUAUCUACCAUCCUACCUAUCCAUCUUUCGAUCGUUAUUUUAUUACUACCAAUUAUCAAUUACCAAUUAUCAAACUACCAAUUACCGAUAGCUAUAUGCCGCAUACGACUUAUUCUGUUUCUCUGUCUAUCGGGAAACCUUGCUUCUAUCCAUCCGGUUUGAGAACAGAACAGAUCAGCAUACUGUUUCCUAAUGUUUGAAAAUUGCUUUCACUCAGCCCACUCUCAAACACACUCAGCAUAAUACACAAAAAAAACAAAUACAUCGCGUACCUCUUGCUUUACGAAAAUACAAACAUUUAAAGAAAUGGAAAGUAUAAAGAUAACAAAAACAAAAACCAAAAAACAAAUAUAUUAAUGACAAAAUUUACCAAACAAAUAUAUUAAACAAGGCAUAUUUAAAGAGCGCAUAGAGUUGCAUAUGUACAUGUGCUUGGCCGGCAAAACAAAUAAUUGUGAGCAAAUGAUUACUUUAGACACACACUUACCACGAAAACGAUACAUAGAUACACUGCAAUUAAACACUGUAAAUUGUAAACUGGCAAAUAAGUAGACGGGGCAGAGAUAAUAGAGAUAUCGGAAGUAGCCAGAAAUGUUGGUGAGGUGAAAUCGAGAUCGAAACAAGUGUUAACUUUUCCCACGCAAAAUGAUUUAAAUCUUACAAUCAAGUCACUGUAUUAUUCAGCCACAUCGGAUAGACAAUUACAAUCUACAAGCCUAACUUCGGCGUCCACCGAAGCCGUAAAGUUCCCGUAAUUCCGGUACAGAUAUAUCACUUCCGGUGAACGGGGACCAGACCGGAAACACACACACAGAUACAGAUGCAGACAGAUAACACAGACACACGAACACACUCUAUAAUCAUUUACUAGACACACCUAUACAAGUAUACAACAAACAGUUUAUUUCCUCGGAAACAAAGCGAACAAUAUAGAAUAAUUGAUACUAAAUUCCCAUAAAAAAAA